AUGCGUAUUUCUUUCUCUACGUCCCUCCUUUCUGAUCUGCGGUGUGUUGGUCGUAAACCUGGUGGCAUCGGCUAAGAGACCAGCCGCACCACGCCGUAAGUUUUACUUGCUAGUGGAAAAUAUAUAGUUUUUCAAUGUAUCACUAUUUGUUAGUGCUAAACCUUGAUAGUUUUGUUGAGUUCUACUGCUCUAUCGACUCGUGUGUAACGUGGGCGUUAUUUGGAGCUUUCUGCUGUAGGCGAUGGGUAGAGUCAUUCGCGGUCAGAGGAAGGGGAAGGGGAGCGUCUUCAAGGCGCACACGAAGCACCGGAAGGGGGCCGCAAAAUUGCGACCCCUGGACUUCGCCGAGCGACACGGCUACAUCAAGGGGGUCGUGAAGGACAUAAUUCACGACCCCGGUCGGGGGGCCCCCCUAGCGAGGGUGGUGUUCAGAGAUCCCUACCACUACAAGCUGAGGAAAGAGACGUUUGUAGCCACUGAGGGAAUGUACACUGGACAGUUUGUCUACUGUGGAAAGAAAGCAACUCUGGCAGUGGGAAACUGUCUCCCGCUCGGAGUGAUGCCCGAGGGAACAAUUGUGUGUCAGGUUGAGGAGAAGAUGGGCGAUAGGGGGAAAAUAGCCAAGGCCUCUGGUAAUUAUGCCACCGUCAUUGCCCACAACACCGAGACUAAGAAGACUAGAGUUAAGCUACCGUCUGGCUCGAAAAAAACGUUGUUAUCAACCAACCGAGCGGUGGUGGGUGUGGUGGCCGGAGGAGGGAGGAUCGAUAAGCCACUCCUGAAGGCAGGGGCCGCCUACCACAAGUACAAGGUCAAGCGAAACUGCUGGCCCAAAGUCAGAGGAGUCGCCAUGAACCCUGUUGAGCAUCCUCACGGAGGAGGCAACCACCAACAUAUCGGAAAACCAUCGACUGUCAAGAGAGGAGCACCAGCUGGAAGAAAGGUUGGUCUCAUAGCUGCAAGGAGAACUGGCAGACUACGUGGAGGGAAGGCAGCUGUCAAAGACGACGAUUAGCUGUCUCAAACUUUAAUCUCUGUCUCUUUCUCUCGGAGAGACGUGUAUUACAUGUAUACCGAAUGAAUAAUUAAUGUCGCGCUGU